ACAGGAAAAUUAGAUAACAAUUAUCGUAGUCAUUGACCAGCACGCUCAUAUUCACAGUGACCAAAGAGAAACACUGGUAGAUUCGCAAAACUUGGAGAAAAACACUCGAAAGAUAAUCAUCGAGCGUCGUAAAAUCGACAAGUAUUCCGCGCCUCCUAAUUCCGUUUUGUAAUCCUUCGUCACAAAUAUAUGGCAAAGUGUUAAGUGAUUGUUAGUGCCUUUGCAAAGUAACACAAAAUGCGGCCGUCCACCGGAACGCUCUUUUCCAUCGUUUUAACUUUCUACCUGACAAAUGGAGCCUCUGGACAUCCCUUGGCGGGAAAAGAGACCGACUACGUUUUAAAUAUUGUUCACACGAACGACAUGCACUCGAGAUUUGACGAGACGUCUGCCCUGUCCACAAAAUGUUUGAUGAGAGACGCAGCAGCGCGAAAAUGUUACGGUGGUUUUGCAAGGAUAGCAACGCUGGUUCGUCAAGCCCGGAAAUCCACAACUCCGACACUUUUCUUGAACGCUGGUGACACUUAUCAGGGUAGCAUUUGGUUCAACGUGCACAAGUGGAGGAUCGUUUCAAAGUUCCUGAAUAUUUUAUCGCCGGAUGCCAUCUCACUGGGCAACCACGAAUUCGACGACGGACCAAUGGGUUUGGUGCCGUUCAUACAAAACGCAACGUUCCCAAUAGUAACGGCGAACCUCGAUCUGCGAAAGGAGCCAGAGUUGGCAGCCUCGAAAUUGAAAAACAGUACGAUAUUGGAGGUGAGGGGAAAGCGGAUCGGCAUAAUCGGCUACUUGACGCCUGACACAAAGGUUAUAGCGGCAACGGGCAAGGUCGAAUUUUUCGACGAGGUGGAAUCGAUAAAACGCGAGGUCGCUAAAUUACGCGCUGCCGGUGUGAACAUCUUGAUCGCCGUUGGUCAUUCGGGUUUUGAGACGGACAAAAAAAUCGCGGCUGAAGUUGACGGCAUCGAUCUCGUUAUCGGCGGCCACACCAACACCUUCCUUUACACCGGCAAACAGCCCGAUGUCGAAGUACCCGAAGGCCUGUAUCCUACGGAAAUCGUGCAGAAAAACAACCGGAAAGUCUACGUCGUUCAAGCCUAUGCGUACACCAAAUAUUUGGGCAACAUCACAGUGGGUUUUGACAAAAAUGGCGAAGUCACGAGUAUCCUGGGCAAUCCUAUUCUCGUGGACAGCAAUAUCGAAGAGGCAGAGGAUGUUCUGGAAGAAUUAGAAAAGUGGCGACCCGCGGUCAACGACAUGAUAAACACCGUGGUUGGUUCAACUAAAGUUUUCCUCGACGGUGACGGUAAAAGUUGUAGAAGAAAGGAAUGCAACCUCGGAAAUCUCAUAACCGAUGCAAUGAUCGAUUACAAUGCAAAACAAUACGUCGAAUACGAUGGCUGGACUGACGCAGCGAUUGCUAUUCACAAUAGUGGAUCGAUCAGGACUUCCAUACGUAAAGCUGAAGAUGAAAAGAUCACCAUGAGCGAUCUUUUGUCGGUCUUGCCGUUCAAUAAUGGCCUGCAGAAACUUUCAUUGACCGGUCAAACGUUCCGGAAGGUUUUAGAAUGGAGUGUUCAUUCGCUGAAGGUGAACGACACCGCGGACUUGAACGGUGGAUAUCUCCAAUUCUCAGGAGUACAGGUGAUUUAUGAUCUAUCAAAACCGGCUGGUUCGAGAGUCUCAUCCGUCGAAGUACGCUGCGCCCUCUGUAGUGUUCCGAGCUUCAGCAAGCUCGUUGAUAACGCAACGUACACUAUUUUAUUGACUGAUUUCUUGCGGGGAGGUGGCGACGGUUUCAACAUGUUUAUGAAUUUGACGUACACCACAGCUGGUAUUACGACGGACGAAUUGUUGGUCGACUAUCUGAAAACCAAGAGUCCUGUGCAUCCAGACGUAGAGUGGAGAAUCGGAUAUUUGAUCCGAUCGGGCGACGAUGAGAUGAUAAGCACCGAGCCAGACGCAACCGACUUAAGUUAUUCGGACAUGAAAACCGGUUCUGGCUCUUGGUUCAAUCGUGCCGCUACUUCCUCACUGAUAUUACCUCUGCUGGCAUAUCAAUUCAUUUGAUCGAUCAGAAAUCAUGGUUUUGUUUAAUUUAUCAAAAUCAAUGCAAUAAAAGUGAUUUUUCACGUUACUAUGAACUUUCCAAAUGUUAAAAAGCGGCUUCAAAAUCAUUAUCUCGAUUUAUGCUCAAGGAAAAUAUUUGAAAAGUGUUUAAAUCGUUUUUUUAUUCAAAAACUGGAUAUUCCAAAUCUUGUCACCGCUCAUUUUGUAUGAAUAAAACUGAAAAAAAUCUUUGUAACGAAA